AUGCAGGCGAACCGGGAGCGUGAACGCCAGGAGAACGCCAAUCCUGUGACCCGCUACUUGGAUCGUCGCCGCACCGAGCGUGGCGGGACUUGGAUUGCUCAGUACAACGUCCCAUGGCAUCCGUACUUCAUGUGGAUGACGAACACCCACGACCCUGACUAUCCGGAGUACUACCUCGACAAGCCCGGCCACCCUCACCUCCACUACGAG